GCUAAAUAUUAUAAUAAAAGGAGCGUUUCUUACCAUUUCCUUAUAUCACAAUGUCGGUGGCAUUUUCAUCGGCGCGCCCAAGGAGCAAAGGGGAGGUGACACAACAAACGAUACAAAAGAUGUUGGAUGAAAAUCACCAUCUGAUACAAUGCAUAAUGGAUUACCAAAGCAAAGGAAAAACAGCAGAAUGCACACAGUAUCAGCAGAUCCUUCACAGAAACCUAGUCUAUCUGGCCACGAUAGCAGAUUCUAAUCAGAACAUGCAGUCACUGUUACCUGCACCUCCUACCCCUAACAUGGGGAGUAUGGGUCCUGGAGGAAUAGGGCAGAGCGGAGGCAGCGGGCCUCUACACUCCCAGAGUAACCUCAACGACACCAUGGCCCCUGGCCUGCCCCCUACCUCUAUGAUGCAGAGUCAGAUGAGCAAUGGCCCCAGCCACGCUCCCAUGCAGCAGCAGGCGGGUCAGACACAGUCGGCUGGGACCUCAUCCACGUCCCUCAGCCUGCCAGCCACCACCCAUGGCUCAGCCUCCGGCUACAGCCACCCCAUGCCCCCCUCCUCCCAGGGCAGCAUGAUCCAGGGCCCUGGCCCAGGCUACGGUUCCUCCUCUUCCUCUUCUACCUCCUCCCGCAGCAACCUCAACAUGCAGUCCAACACAGUCUCCAUGAUGCACCAGCAGUCGGCCACACCUCAUUACCCGUCAUCCCAGACUGGGGGCGGACAGCAGCAGUACCAGGGCCAGCAGGCUGCUAUGGGCAUGUUGGGGCAGAGUGGACAAGGCAACAGCAUGAUGAGCCAGAGGCCCAUGGGGACCUACCGACCCACACAGCAAGGAUCUGCACCGCAGUACAUGGGACAAGACGAUUUCUACGGAGAGCAGUACGGACACACUCAGAGCUCCAGCGAGCCCAUAAACCAGCAGUAUUACCCUGAUGGUCAUGGCGAGUACUCCUACCAACAGUCGUCCUACGGUGAACAGGGCUAUGAGAGGUCCUUUGACGAGUCCUCACAACACUACUACGAAGGAGGCAACUCCCAGUACAGUCAGCAGCAGCCUCAGUACCAGCAGGGGUCAGGCCAGCAGCAGCCCUUCAGCCAACAACAGUACCCCUCACAGCAGGGCUACAGUGGACAGCCACAGGGCUACGGUCCAGGUCAGGGUGCAUCGUCCCAGUACUCCCAGUACCAGCAGGAUCAGGGCCAGCAGUACAGCUCCUACCGCUCCUCCCAGGCUGCCUCUGGGGCACAGACACAGAGGCCCUACGCCUACCAACAGGUACAGCUACAGCUAACCCCAACCCCACGUUUUGAGGAGGACCAUGCUGUCCAACAAAACAUUGGGGUCAAUACGGAAACUACCAGCAGUAAGGCACCACCUCCUGGGAAAAGUGGUGGACAAGUUAGGCAAGGGAACAGUUCUGUGAAUACCCCCCAACAGUCGUGUGUAAACCAGUCUCUGAGUAAAUGAGUUAGAUUUAUCUCUGAAUCCUUUCAGUUUGCUGAGACACAGAUUAGCAGGCUAGACUAAGUCAGAUCCAUGUUCUGCUGGUUCAUUAUUUUCUAACUGAGUAGAGGUGAACUGGUUCAGGAGAUCCUGUAUGAAGCACCUCUCAUCUCUGCUUUUUCUCCUUCUCCUCACCCUCGAAGAGGAUUUGAAUUAUGGGGGUAUCUGGUAACAAAUCGGGGCACCCCCAAAAGCAUUAUUAAAUUAACGGGGGCACCCUCAUAAGUGUUGAAAAGACUCAUAUGUUUAAUUCGAACCUUGCCUCUAAAUGUCUUCCUUUCUUGGUCUCUCUCCUCUCUAUCACUCUCUCAUCCUCCUUUUCUGUCUUUGUCUUUCACAGGGUGCACAAUACAAGUGCUGUCCUCUGUCUUUAAGAUUGUAAUUUAUAAUGUGCCCAGGUCACGAAAAUAACGUUUGGUAACAUUUACUUAAGAUUGAGCUAAUAUAAUACGUUCAGCAUCUUUUAUUCAGUGUAAAGAAUAACUUGAUUAAGGUGAAAAUGGGACUUGUCAGUAUAGUUCAACCUGAAGUGUUCAGGUUGUGUUUGAAACUGUGAAGUUGUGUAGGUCGGUGUGUGGUGUUACCGACUGUUCAGUGUUACCACUCUGUCUGUGUAUGAAGAACCAAUGUUUGAGUAAGGUUAUAGACACAAUAGCUGGUAGAUUGACAAGAGUGUGCAACUAUCAACAACCAUCAUAAUAUUACAACUAAUAUAUACAA